CAUGAUCAAUAGCAAAAUUACCCGUGAGUUCUCUCUUAACUUAUGUGUAAACGUGCUUCUCUUUCUCAAUUUAGAACGCCAAGGCCAGGAAAAAGACCAUUUUUCCACACUCACUUUCAUGCCACUUUAUCCUUAACCCAACCAUCAUCUUCCAAAUGUGCAGCAAACUCACUCAAACCAUUAAGGCACUUCCAUUACUCCAUUAAUUCUGCAAAUUUCCCUCUUUCUCUCUCAUACACUCCCCAGUACUGCAUAACUCCAUGUUCAAACACCAUUUACACAAUAUCUAGAAAAUGUUUCUCUCUUGCCCAUAAGUUCCAACUGCUUCAUGUUUGAAACUUCCAUUUGAAGAAUACUUCAAGAUGGGUGUGCUUAGAAUCACGCGCGUCAGUAUACUCUGUUGGAUGUUUUUACUACUGAGUUCCAUAUCAAAAUGUGGUAGUUCAGAGGUCUUUGUGAAAUUCUCGAGGGCUCCCCAUGCAUUCUCGCACUUGAACUCAGCUACAUUUGCUUUUGAAGCUCAGGAUUCUGGAGGUGGCAACCCCUGCACAAACUGUUCUUUCACUUGCAAGCUUGAUGAUGGGAUCACAUCAGUUUGUAAAGCAAGAAGAGUUAUCUACUCAAGCUUGAGGGAUGGAAAUCAUAGUUUUGAGGUGUGCGCCAGUGGACCUCAAGGACUUGGCUGUGCUAGCUAUAAUUGGACUGUCGAUACAGUUCCCCCAACAGCAUAUGUUACUGCCUCAACAUCUUUCACAAGCGCUUUAAAUGUUUCAGUUGAUAUAACUUUCAGUGAGCCUUGUAUAGGUGGAGAAGGCUUCGGGUGUAAAUCUGUAAAUGCUUGCAAUCUUCUGGUCUAUGGUGCGGGCCAGGUCAUACCAUCUUCCUUUACCGUUUUGCAGCCCAACCUGAAGUAUUCUCUUCUCAUAAAUUUGUCAUCCGCAGUUCAAUAUGGACGGGCUAUCCUUGUAAUGGAUAAAAAUUUCUGUACUGACAUGGCUGGUAACAGCUUUACAAGAACUCCGAAUUCUAGUGUUUUUGUGCACUUUGAUAGAAGAUGGGACUAUGUCAACUUGAGGACUCGUGUACCAGAAAGGCUACUUCAACUUAACAGUGAAACUAGAACAGUGCUGGCAACUAAUGACUACAAUAGGUUGAAGGUGUUUGUGUACUUCUCUGAACCAGUUCUAAAUUCCUCUACAGAAAUCGUAAAACAUGUCAGCAUAAAUCGGGGUUCGCUUCUUCCAACUACAGGAAAAACUCGUGGAAAUCGUAGAUUUGGAUUCUUGAUUGCUAAUAUAUCCUCGAACACAAUAAUCUCAGUGAGCUUCAAUUCAACAUCGAUAAUUAGCAGGCAAGGGAUUCCAGUUGCUCCAGUUGCACCGGUUACUUUCCUUUAUGAUUCUAUGCGGCCUUCGGUAAACUUGAGCACAUAUAGCACAAGGACACAAGAGCACAAUGUACAGAUAUUGAUCAAGUUUGUAAAACCUGUUUUUGGCUUCAAUUCCUCCUGCAUAUCGUUAACUGGAGGGAAUUUGAGAAGCUUCCGUGAAAUUAGUAGAAGCAUAUACAUUAUUGAGCUACAAGCAGAUGACAAUGUAAUAUCUAUCAAUGUUCCCGAGAAUGUAACUCAUGACAUAGCUGGAAACAAAAAUUUAGCAUCCAACGUUCUACGAGUGAGGCAUUACUCAAGCUCUCUGAUCUCUAUAGUGAUUUCUACAUUUACAACUGCUUCUUUUGUGUUGACAUCUCUUGCUGCUGGGCUGCUUACCAUCUCUACCGCUAGCCUUCAAUAUUUUGGCGCCUUUUCAAGAUCAUCUUCUUUCUUGACCGUUGAUCCAGCAAGGAGUCUUUUUAGAAUUAUUUGCUACAUUCAGGUCUUUGCACUAUCUAAAUGGUUGUCAGUUAAGUUGCCUAUUGAAUUUUAUGAAUUUGCCAAGAAUCUGCAAUGGACUAUACCCUAUUUAUUGGUGCCAUGGGAAACAAGAAAUAUGCACCUGCUCUUGGUAGGUUCUAGUCCUUUUGGGAGCUCUGAUCCUUUUGUCUCCAAAGUUCCAGCAAAGAUUCCAAACAUGAAGUUAAUAGAUAAUUUGAGUAAUUCCGCCUCAGUAUAUGGAUCGCCUCUCACUUCUUCAGAGUAUCAGCUCUAUUUUGAGAACCCGAAUGUGCAACCAAAAGCUGAGUUUAUUUCGGAUUCACAACAUUCCAGUGGGUGGACGGACUUCUACAGAAGCAUGUUUUGGUUGGUUGUGAUCUUGGGUGGUUUGAUGAUUCUACAUGCUUUUCUCCUACUCAUUUUGAAAUUCAGGAAGAGAAAUUCUGAAAAACCAAAGAAAUAUGGGGCACUCACUUUCCCAAGAUUUGAGAUUUUUCUUCUAUUUCUUGCACUCCCUGGCAUUUGCAAGGCCUCUACUGCCCUUGUAAGAGGAAGUUCAUCAGGAAUGGUGGUUGGCAUUUUGCUAUUAGUUUUCGCGUCAUUCGUGCUUCUAGCUUUGUUCUUAUUCCUCUCCGUUGGAAUUACACUCGGGAAACUACUUCAGUACAAGGAAGUUCAUCGAGAAGGCCAGAAAUUUCACUGGUAUCAAGAGCUUGUCCGGGUAACACUAGGUCCAGGUAAAAGAGGCCAAUGGGCUUGGAAAGAACUACCAAAUUCUGUUCGUUUAACCAUCUUUGGCCCUCUAUUUGAAGAUCUAAGAGGCCCUCCAAAGUACAUGCUUUCACAGAUUGCUGGUGGGCAUCCUCAGAGUCAAGGUGAUCGCAUCAUGGCCUCUGAGGAUGAAACAGAAGAUGCAGAAGCACCUUUCAUUCAAAAGCUUUUUGGGAUUCUCAGAAUAUAUUAUGUGCUUCUUGAAUCUAUAAGAAGAGUUUCAUUGGGGAUUUUGGCAGGUGUUUAUGACAAGAAUGAGUCGUCCAAAACUCCAACAACUAUUAUACUCUCUAUUUCUGCAUUUCAGCUCUUCUUUGUUGUGCUAAAGAAGCCAUUCAUAAAGAAAAGAGUUCAAUUAGUUGAGAUUAUCUCACUAACCUGUGAAGUUGCUCUAUUUGCGACCUUCUUGGCAAUCUUGAACAAGGAUUUUUCUCUCAGAACAGAGACUAAACUUGGAAUCUUUAUGCUUAUUCUGUUCCUUGUGGGGUUUUUGGCACAGAUUAUGAAUGAGUGGUAUACUUUAUACAAACAAACAAGGCUGCUGGACCCUGAGGAAAAGUCAUUCUUCAGAGGUCUAAAGGUCGCUUCCAUUGGGUUUCUCCUUUAUUUCAUUCCUCAGAGAUGCAUCAAGAGCUUGGAAAGUAGGUUCCCUAAAAAUCAUGGUGGGAAUGAAGAAACAAGGGAUAUUACUUUCUCAGAAGAGAGAUUUAGAAACUUAGGGAGUAGAAGUUCAGGCUCAAUUGAUAAACCGUGGUUGAAACAACUGAGAGAACUUGCAAAGGCUAGCUUUGGAAAAGAAGGAAGUCCAAAUGAUCCCUCUACUAGUACCACCAGGUGGAGCGGGAUAUGGGGAACUAAAAGAAGUGGGAGCUCUUCUAUGAAUUCAUCUUCUGAUUUCAAGUCAAAACCAAGUGGGUUAUACAAAGAUUUGGAAGCCAUUUUCGCGUCCAAGUGAAAGUUUAUGAUAUAUUUAUGUUUGUAUUAGUUUUAUUAAUGAUGUAGCAUUAUUGUUUGCCGAGUUACUCAGAGUAGGUGUGAAACACUCAAAACACAUAGAAAAACAUCGUCAGCUUUCUCUACUGCCUUUGAAUUCAUCAUGUUUGACGCGGUUGAGAAGUUUAUAAACGCAUGUUUGCUAGACAAACCAUUUCAAUUAAUGUCUUUAUUUUCAUAAUUGAA